AUGGCCCGGAAGCUGCGUGCGGCUGCCCAAGCAGCUGCGCAGUCAAUGCGAACCGCAGCUCCUAGUUUACCAGACGCUUCAGACGAUGAAAUGGCAGAUGCACCACCUACUAGAGAAACUAGCGCCGAUGAAAAUCUGGAUGCCGACAACCCUGAUGAUGAGAAUGACCCUGAAAUCGAGCCCGAGCCUGAACCAGAAGCGGAAGCAGACGCAGAAGUAGAAGCGGAUCCUGGGCCCGAGCCAAAACCUGGCCCAGUGCCUGGAUUGGAAGCUGGAACAGAGGCUGAUGACGCGCCGCCAAGUUCAGCGCCAGAAGCAGAGCCACCAUCAGAGUCGAAUACGCCUCGUGGUGGCAGGGUUUCUGCUAUCAUACCUCGCAAGCGUCGUGUUGGCCGACCUCCCAAGAACCGGCCGCCUGAAUGGGACCUGCCUGACGAUGGUUCGGAGCAAAAGAUAGUCGUGACCACUCCAGUAAAGAGAAGGCGCGGCCGACCUGCCGCAAGUGGAGGACGAUGGGGUCGCCGAGGAGGUAAUCCUCACAUUACUCAAGUGGCUGUCGAUAAAGAAGGAACGAUGAUGGAUGUUGUCAACGACGAGGUGGUUCUCCCCGAUGAUGACGACGGGGAAAAGAAGGUAGACAAGAUGGGCAAUCUUCUCGGCGGUCGAGAAUACAGAGUGCGGACAUUUACCAUUCUCAAUCGCGGUGAUCGACAAUACAUGUUAUCCACAGAGCCUGCGCGGUGUAUUGGAUUUCGAGAUUCGUAUCUGUUCUUUCAAAAACACAAGCUGCUGUAUAAGAUCAUCAUUGACGAUGAUGCGAAGCGCGAUCUUAUCGAGAGAGACAUCAUUCCCCACUCCUACAAAGGAAGAGCAAUUGGUGUAGUGACUGCGAGGUCCGUGUUUCGUGAAUUCGGCGCCAAGAUUGUCAUUGGAGGGCGCAAAGUCAUCGAUGAUUACAGCGAGAAGGCUGCAUUGGAAAGAGGAGAUGUCGAAGGCGAGGUUGCUGUUCCAGAAGAUAAGCUACCAGCUCCUGGUGAGCCAUACAACAGAAAUCAAUAUGUGGCGUGGCAUGGUGCCAGUGCUGUCUAUCACACAGGAGCGCCAUCCAUUCCUUUACCCAACGGAAAGGUUAUUGAUCCAAAGAAACGCAAAGUAGCUGUUACGGGAGAUAAUUGGAUGAUCGAACACGCUCGGGAUGCUAGUCGCUACAAUUCGACGAUCGCCAGUGUGCGGCGAGAGAAUCUCAAUGGUGUCUAUGAAAUUCAUACCAACUAUAUACAAUAUCCCAAGAUCAUGCAGCCAUCACAUGCUCGCUGGGAACAAGCUCCCUCGUCCGACAACCUGGCUUCUACAGCACUCGCUGAAGGCAUAUCUACCCUCAACCUCACAAACGGCACGACGCCAGAGGCUGGAGACGAGGAUGCAGACCGAAGGCGAACCGAAUCAGCCGAUGAACCUGAGUCUUCUAUUCUCCCACCCGUUCCGGAAAUUAUUACCCGCCGAUUUGGCAUCACUGAUAUACACUAUGAGACACCAGAAACCAGCACUCUUGGGCGUCCAGGACCGGAUGGCGACAUUCACGAUGUCGGGUCUAAUGGAAUCCUCAGUUUGGCUGACCCUCUGCACCCCGAAUUCGCAAGCUUGGAGGUACUUGCCGAGCUUCCACCCGAAUGCAAAGAAGCGCUACUUGAAACAGCGGCCCAAGAAUGGACGUGGAAAUCGAAGUGGCGCACAGAAGCAACCGAUACAACGCGGGGUCAAUUCCUCAAGAGUUACGCUUGGUUUCCAUAG